GGAAAGUGCUGGUAAUCUGAGCGCGAACGCGCAUGUGAAGGUCUCGCUCGGUCUGCGGGGUGGUGGAGCCGCUGGCUCUCCGUGAGGUUUCGGUGUUUCGGCGGGUGCAGGUCGACUGUCUGCCGGGAGUCCGUCUAAGGAAAACGAGACAAAUGCUGCGCAGACGAGACAGGAAGAAGAGAGUUUGAGCGUCGACGGAGCGGAAGUCCUGACACCGACAGGGACCGACUGCCAGCCCGGAGUUACAAAACAAACUCUACAGAGCUCGGUUCGGCUAACAGUCCGGAAGCUAAAGGGCGCGCGGGAGCCGACCGUCAACUAUGGCUACUGCUAUAUACCUGGAGCAUUACCUUGACAGUAUUGAAAACCUGCCGUGUGAACUACAAAGGAACUUCACGUUAAUGCGAGACCUGGACAGCAGAACGGAAGAAAAGAAAGGAGAGAUUGACAGACUGGCAGAAGAAUACAUAUCUAAUGUGAAGAACCUGGCUUCAGAGCAGAGAGUGGAACACCUACAGAAGAUUCAGAAUGCCUACAGCAAGUGCAAGGAGUUCAGUGACGACAAAGUUCAGCUUGCAAUGCAAACGUAUGAAAUGGUGGACAAACACAUCCGCAGGCUGGAUGCAGAUCUGGCCCGCUUUGAGAAUGAGCUGAAGGAGAAGCUGGAGUUGAGCGGCUAUGAGAGCACCGAUGGCAGAGCCUUGAAAAAAGGCGACGUGCGGGGGCAGCGGGACAAGCGUGGAUCCAGAGGACGAGGAAAGAAAGGUUCUGAUGACGACUCUCCCAAAAAGAAGAAGAUGAAAAUCAGCCAAGACUUGAGCGACGCUCUGCUGCCAAUGCAACCGUCAGAUGUUUUGGACAUGCCCGUUGAUCCCAAUGAACCCACUUACUGCCUGUGCCAUCAAGUGUCAUACGGAGAGAUGAUUGGAUGUGACAACCCAGACUGUCCCAUUGAGUGGUUCCACUUUGCCUGCGUUGACCUCGCCACUAAACCAAAAGGAAAAUGGUUUUGUCCGAGAUGCACUCAAGACCGGAAGAAGAAAUAAGAGCCUGUCAGGAAUGCUCAAAUGUUUUAGUGGUUUUGCUGUUUUGAAAUAACAUAGCAUAGUUAUGUGUGCUUACAAAUUACAAAGUGAACCAUAGGUUUACUAGGCUUGAUUCAGAUUUGUUCCACCUGAGCUUGUGACAUCAAUCUUCUUCCCUAUACUGGCUUUACUGUCUGUGUCAUAGAGUUUAGAACAUAUCCACAGUUGUCCAGCAGCUUUAAAAUGUUUGACAGUGAACUACUUCUGUGUCCUGGAUGUGGUUAGAAUCCGGUCUGCUGAGUAAUGAGCUGUGUAUACCUGUAUACUGUACUAACAAAGAUGGAAAUCCCACAUUCUGGUUUAAGCUUACUUGAAGUGUCCGCUCUUCAAAGAACUAUUUUUUUAGAUAAAAAGAGAAAUGAUGCCUGCUGAAAAAUGUCAAAUCUGAAAUGUGUAGAUCUAUACUGAUAUGGCAACAGUAAAAGAGGAAUGUGUAUUUUUUGUUACUACCUCCUUUGGAUUUACAUUUGCACUGCAUAAAAAAGACUGCAGUUAAAUGAGGUGCUUCAAACAAGUACUACAUCUGUUCUUUUUCAAUUAGCUGAAACCAAUACAAGCACAAAGUUAGAAUCCAGACUGUGUCAAAGUGACAACGCCUAUGACAUUUUUGAAUGUAUUGUGGUACUAAUGGUGUCUCCGGUCACCUAAUGAGGUAUUCAAGCACUUUGAAGAAAGUACCCUGAAGAAGUAUGAUACUGCAGGCUGGGGGUAAUAUGUAGUUAGUGAAACUUUGCUGUAACACAAAAGUUCUGGGGAAAAGUCUGUCAGGCCAACAGAGAUGGAAGCGAAACACUGAUGCUUCUGUCCAAGCUUACAUGGAACUAUAUAUUUUAUACAAGUCAAUAUUUUGUAGAAAUGUUUCCAAAGAGAUUUGUUUUAUUGUUGAAAUACUACUAUACAUUCAGAAUUUAUUUAAUAGAAGUUAAGAUUCUUCCUAAUGUUUGACUGAAAAUCAUUCAUGUUUUCUAAGCCACAAAUGUUUAAACCAAAGUUGAUGUAUUUUCUUCAGCUCUGUAUUUUAUAACAAAUAAAUUUUCACUGGUAAUCACAA